AAGAUGUCAGCCUACACUGUCUCUCACGAGGUCGGCGGUUUCAGAGUUGUCCCUGUGAAAUUCAGUGAGAAGAGUUCAGCAGGCCAUAUGCUCUAUUAUAAGGAACAUUCUGUGAAAGAAAGUGAAGACACUAAACCUACAGACAGGACUCUCUUUGUUGUCAAUGUUCCUCCAUAUUGUAAUGAGGAAUGUCUACAACGGUUGUUUGGUGGGUGUGGGGGCAUGGAGUCUGUGAUAUUACAAGCUAAAGCUGGCAAGGAACUUGAUGCCAUGCUAGAAGAAAUCUACCCUAUCAGAAAAACAAGGGGCUUCAAAAUAGCUUACAUUGUCUUCAAGGAUGAUUCAUCAGUUGUCCGGGCCAUGAAGCAGAAGUAUAAAGAACCAUUUAUAUUAUCACCUGAAGGGGAACCUGGUGGACUGGUUACUGGAUAUAGAAAAUGGUGUUCAGAAUAUGAAGCCCGCUGGGAAGAUCCUAAGCAACUCCAGAAGAAGGCAGAUGACUUCAUGAUAGAGUUUGACAAGAGGAAACACGAGGAGAAGGAGCAGGCCAAGGUGGAGGAAGGGGUGCCCGAUGACGAUGGCUGGGUCACUGUCACGAGGAAGAGCACCAAGCCAGUCGUGGCAAGGUCAGAACGAAAGCAGAAGAGACUCCAAGCGAAGGAGAAGAAGAAGAGAGAGGAGAAGGAGCUGAUGAACUUUUAUACGUUCCAGAGUAGAGAAUCGAAAAGAGAACAUAUAGCUGAGCUGAGGAUGAAGUUUGAGGAAGACAAGCAGAGGAUAACACAAAUGAGAGCAGCUAGGAAGUUCAAGCCAUACUAGU